GACAGGAAAUAGGAAUAGACGGAAGGGUCAAAGUCCAAAAGUGUAACUCUGGAAAAGGACUUCUGAAGAAAGAGAAAUAAAAGAGAGCACGGAAAUGGUGGGGUGUGCCCAACGCUGCACCCCCUCAUUUACUUCCACUCGUACUUCUUAUGAUAUCAUCAAUAUUUUUCACUUUUUUUACUCUACUACUUCUUCACUUUCUUCUUCUUCAGCUCAAACAAACAUUGUUGUAACUCAUGUAACAAACUACACUACACUCAUGUUUUUUGGAACAAUGACACGUUGAAGUGAAGUAGGUUUUGUUUUAUUAGUUAGAAACUUAGAACUAGAUAUGGAGCAGUAUGAAGUACUAGAACAAAUUGGUAAGGGUUCUUUUGCUUCUGCUUUGCUUGUAAGACACAAGCAUGAAAACAAAAGGUAUGUGCUGAAGAAGAUCCGUCUUGCCCGGCAGUCAGACAGAAUCCGUAGAUCUGCUCACCAGGAGAUGGAACUUAUAUCUAAAGUUCGUAAUCCGUUCAUUGUAGAGUAUAAAGAUUCCUGGGUAGAAAAGGGUUGCUUUGUAUGUAUAGUCAUUGGCUAUUGUGAAGGAGGAGAUAUGGCUGAAGCUAUUAAAAAGGCGAACUGUGUUCAUUUUUCUGAAGAGAGGCUUUGCAAGUGGCUUGUUCAACUCUUGAUGGCACUUGAUUACUUGCACGCAAAUCAUAUUCUUCACCGUGAUGUCAAGUGUUCGAAUAUAUUCUUGACAAAAGAUCAGGAUAUACGUCUAGGCGACUUUGGUCUUGCUAAAAUGUUGACAAGUGAUGAUCUUGCUUCCUCGAUUGUUGGGACUCCAAGUUACAUGUGCCCAGAGCUUCUUGCUGAUAUACCCUACGGCUCUAAGUCAGAUAUCUGGUCUUUGGGAUGCUGUGUAUAUGAAAUGGCUGCUCACAAACCAGCUUUUAAAGCUCUCGAUAUGCAAGCACUAAUCAACAAAAUAAACAAGUCUUUAGUGGCCCCAUUACCAACAAUGUAUUCUGGUACUUUUCGAAGCAUGGUGAAAAGCAUGCUGCGGAAAAACCCCGAGCUUAGGCCAAGUGCUGCAGAUCUACUAAAUCAUCCUCAUCUUCAACCUUAUAUACUUAAAGUUCAUCUGAAACUAAAUAACCCCAGAAGAAGUACUUUCCCUUUCCAAUGGACUGACUCAAACCAUGCUAGGAGAAGUCGAUUUUUAGAACGAGAAUCUGUUUCCACUAUCUCAGGCAGAGCUAAACGAUUGUCAUUCAGUAACGAUAGGGCCUUGAAUCCUAGUAUUUCUGGAACUGAAGUAGGUUCUCUGUGUUCUACUCAAAGAGCACAAGGAUUCUCUACUUGUUCAAAACAUUAUGAACUAUCCAUAGGUUGUGUCCGCGAAGAACACAAUGCUAACAAUUUGAAAGACACCAAGUUCUCAAUUGUUGAUCAGAUGCAAAGACUGGGUGCAUGUAAGGAGUCGGCCAUCCCCCGGCGACAGACAACACCAUCAAAGAUAGCCUAUACUAGUUCUAAGCGUGACUCACUUCCAUCAUCUUCUACUCCAGCUAGUAAAUUUACUCCACCAUCUCGCAGAGCUUCCCUUCCACUUCCUACAAGAUCCAAGGCCACAACUACGCCUUACAGAUCCAAUGUUGGUCCUCUUCGAAGCGUGGACUCUCCUGAUAUUUCUGUUAACGCGCCACGAAUUGACAAGAUUGCUGAGUUCUCUUUGGCCCCGGGGGAGGAUCACCCUCUCUUCCCUGUGCGCGGAACAUCAUCAACAUCAGCUCAGUGCUCUUCUAGUUCCCCGAGGAGCGCUGCUGCCGACCACUCAAUCACAAAGGACAAGUGUACAAUUCAGGUUAUGGACAAAGCCAGUGUCCCUACAAGUGGUCCUCUACAACAUGUGGCAACUGCUGUUUCAAGCCAUUCCUCAGCCGAUUCUCAUCAGCGCAAGUUUGACACCUCGUCUUACCAGCAACGAGCUGAGGCAUUGGAAGGGUUGCUCGAGUUCAGUGCUCGACUUCUACAACAACAGAGGUUUGAAGAGCUUGAGGUGUUGUUGAAACCGUUUGGGCCUGAGAAGGUUUCUCCUAGGGAAACAGCUAUUUGGUUGACCAAGAGCUUCAAAGAAACUGUGGUCUAAGGUUUUGUCAUGCACUUUUAUAUCAUUGACAUGACAGUAGUGUAAACUAAUGUAGUACUACUAUAUAUGAUGUUGUAGUUUGAAUUUUGAAGAAUAGCUUAGCUUCUAAUCUCAAGAAUAGCUUAGCUUCUAAUCUCAUUGUUGUUGUUAACAUUUUCUGAGAUGUCUAGACUUCCCGGCACGUGCACAAACACUUUGUAAAAUGUUAGAUGACAUUAUCAAUAUAUUUAUAUUUAUGUUCAAA